AUGACCUCAAGCGCUUCCUCUCCUCGAAGCGCCGGCCUCAAGCGAGCGUAUCAAGCGGACGAACUCUCUCACCAACCCCAUCCAGACGUUCCGGUGUCAACCAGCUCCCCUCCUCACAGUUCCGCUUCGGCGACCUCCGCCUUCAGAAACGUUUCCGCCUGCAAUCGCUGUCGCAUCAGGAAGAACCGUUGUGAUCAACGUCUGCCCGCAUGCAGCACCUGCGAGAAAGCUAAUGUGCGCUGCGUCGGCUAUGACCCUAUCACCAAGAGAGAGAUACCGCGAAGUUAUGUCUACUAUCUCGAGACCAGGCUGGCCUAUUUCGAGCAGCUGCUCAAGACCAACGGCAUCCCCUUCAACCCGGCCGACGUCUACAAUGCUGAAUCCAAGGAGAUUGCCGAUAGCGGACAAUCACCGAGUAGCGCCAAGGGUUCCUGGGUACAGCCUGCCAGCAAUGGCUCCCCCACGACGACUCUCAAGAAUGAAGACUGGGAGAAGAAGCAGGAGGAUGCCGAUAAGCUGAACAAACUGGUGUCCAACAUUGGCAUGGUGUCUGUACAAGGAGCGUCCGACGCACGAUACCUCGGGUCAACAUCUGGCAUAUCGUUUGCACGGGUGGUGUUGGCGGCUGUGAAGAGUUCAGUGUCGUCCAACAACUCGGAGCGGGCGGGGACCCGACCAAGCCGUCCCAUGUCCAACAUUGCCAGUUCGGGGGGCAGUUCCAUGAGAGACUCGUACUUUGGCUUGCAGACCAAACCCACCAUCAAAGAGGCACCGUUUCCGGACCGUGACUUGGGCGGGAAGCUCGUGAACCUGUAUUUCGAGCAUGCCAACCCCCAAAUUCCUAUUCUGCAUCGAGGCGAGUUCAUGGACCUGUUUGAACGGACGUAUUCCACCGAGCCUUCAAGACGAACAAGUCGCGAGUUAUACUUGCUCAAUAUUGUCUUUGCCAUCGGCGCCGGCAUCAUUUGGGGUUCUUCAGAUCCUCCACCAAAUUCCCAACCAGGGGACUAUGUGUCCAAGAAACCGAGACUCUCGAGCCAACAGGCUCAGCCUGAGGAGUAUCACGCGUCCGCCAUCGUCAAUCUGGGCUCUUAUCUGGGCUCCAAUUCAUCGCUGGAAGCAGCCGAACGCCCUAACGGCGACCUCGAGGAGCUUCAGGCGGUGUUGUUGCUCUCUAGCUUCGCCCUGCUCAGACCUGUAGCUCCCGGACUGUGGUACAUCGUCGGGGUAGCCAUGAGAUUGGCUGUCGACCUUGGUCUCCAUUACGAGGACGGUUCCGACAUUGACGAUGCCGCCGAAGGCCAAGACGGUCUCGGUAACGCCAUGAGUGCAGUCGACCCAAGAGCCACCCGACCGGUGGAUGCGAAGGAGAAAGGUCGUCGAGAAUGGAUCCGGGAUCUGCGAAGACGACUUUGGUGGUGUACCUACACGUUCGACCGUUUGGUCAGCACCUGUGUCGGAAGACCCUUCGGUAUCACGGACCAAGUCGUCACGACCGAAUUUCCGUCUUUACUCGACGACCAAUACAUCACCCGAGGGGGAUUUCUCCCACAGCAGUCUGCCGACGAACCUUCAUACAAGCGUGUUUCUCACCAUUAUUUCCGGCUACGACUGUUACAAUCCGAAAUCCUCCAAGUUCUGCAGCAUCAGCAAGCACAGCAAGCGCGUCUCAAUGGCACUAAUCGAAGCAACCAGUUUAUGCAUACGAAGUUGCCUUCACCUUUCAUGAGCAAGUUUGAAUCAUUUCGGUCCUGGCGACGAGACAUUGAUCAGCGUCUCUACGAAUGGAAAAUAUCGGCCCCAGAUCCCUCCGAGACAGGGGUGGGUUUCUCGGUCCACUUUCUGGAGCUGAAUUACUGGCAGGCGGUCAUCAUGCUCUACCGACAAAGCCUCAGCGUUCCAGCACCACUUGCGAACGAGCUUAGUCCAACCGAAGAUGUCUCCAGCCCUUCAAGCGUGAGGAUGGAGGAGAAGGAAGACGAAGAUCUGGUCUUUCUGAAAUGCGCUGAAGCAGGCCAGAAGACCUUGAAACUGUACAGACAACUUCACCGAUUGCGACUGGUCAACUACACAUACCUCGCGACUCAUCAUUUGUUCAUGGCAGGCAUCUCUUUCUUGUACGCUGUAUGGCAUUCACCCGCCGUCAGAGCUCGUCUGAGUCUCGACGACUUCGACUUUACUGUGCUUGCCGCAACGUCUGUUCUCGGAGACCUCAUGGAAAAAUGCCCUCCUGCCGAAGCAUGUCGGGAUGCUUUUGAACGAAUGAGCAAAGCCACGGUACAGAUGUGCAUGUCCACACCGGGAUUUGGCUUCUCGAUGGAACGUGAUGAGCCCCGACAACGGCUCACCCGGCAGCCGAGUCAACCAAGUACCACCGUCCCGAUGCAAAUCGAUUCCUACGCUCCGUCUUCCCGCACCGUACCCAAGCCGAUCACGAAGCGCCCACCCCCCAAAUUCGACAUGGACCUCCGAGAUCUUUUCCCCGAUGACUUGGAACCGAGCACCCGCCCGUCUCAAUCGUUUCCUCAACCACUUCAGGGCCUCCAACGAACCGCGCAACCACAGUCAACCUACCCACAAACGCUACAGCAGUCGCCACGUCCGCAACAAAUGUCUCCAGCAUCGAGUAUCAACUCGCAAAUCAACAGCGGUCUCGGCAUGGGAACACCAAACAAUCCCCUCCUCUUCAAUCAAGGCCAGCCUCAAAGCCAGCAGCCAUUCUACAUGCAAAACACCUACAACCCGGACUUUAUGUCGUCGCUGCCGGGCAUGGACUUCCUCAACAACGUGGCCUCUAGCGGCGAUGAUUUUAACUUUGACGCGGGUGGUCUGGAUCUCGGGUUCGGAAUGGGUCUCGACUUCCAACACGACUGGAGUGACGGUCAACAGUAUGAUUUGUUCGAUGGGUUUUUCUUCGGCAAUGGGAUGGGCGUCAACGGGAACGGUGGUGGCGGUAGUGGUGGAAGUUCAUAA